ACAGUCUCUGUCAUAUACCUCAAUGCACUUCACGCUAACUGAGCAAAUCCGACCUCCACUCCCCCACCAUGUACGCUCCAUAAAAUACAAACCAGAGCCAUAGCCCGAGAAAAAUCCCCCAACCAAACUUCUCAUCGGGAGCUUAUGAUGAACGACCAUUGCUUCCAAUCGCCGGCGAAAUCCUCCCAGAAACCUUUGUACGUGGGUAGUGUGGAGUGAAGGAGUGCAAAGACCCGUGAUGGUAAUUAAUACCAGUACUCCUAAGUAACAGAGAUAACAAAAUGGCGUCUGCGAGCCUAGGAAAUGGGGAAGUUGGCAGUUCUAGGUCUAUCAAUGGCUUCAAGGGUUCAUCUGGCUCAAUUGACUGGCUCGGGAGAGAGAUGCAUGAGAUGAGACUGAGGGAUAAAACAGACACUGACGAGGAGAGAGAUAGUGAGCCAGACAUCAUUGACGGAGUGGGUGCUGAAGCAGGGCAUGUGAUAAGAACCACAAUUGGUGGUCGAAAUGGUCAAUCUAAGCAGACUAUCAGCUAUAUUUCUGAACAUGUAGUUGGAACUGGUUCUUUUGGUGUUGUUUUUCAAGCAAAAUGUAGAGAAACUGGAGAAAUUGUUGCAAUCAAGAAGGUUCUUCAAGACAAGCGAUACAAGAAUAGGGAGCUGCAGAUUAUGCAAAUGUUGGAUCACCCAAAUAUUGUUUCCCUUAGGCAUUGUUUCUUUUCAACAACAGACAAAGAAGAGCUCUAUUUGAACCUCGUGCUUGAAUUUGUUCCUGAAACUGUCAACCGUAUUGCAAGGAACUACAGCAGGAUCAGUCAGCGAAUGCCCUUAAUCUAUGUUAAACUAUAUACCUAUCAGAUUUGUAGGGCACUGGCAUACAUACAUAAUUGCAUUGGUAUCUGCCACCGGGAUAUCAAACCUCAAAACUUACUUGUGAAUCCACAUACACAUCAGCUCAAACUUUGUGACUUUGGGAGUGCAAAAGUAUUGGUAAAAGGGGAACCUAAUGUUUCAUACAUCUGCUCAAGAUACUACCGCGCUCCAGAACUCAUAUUUGGUGCCACUGAAUACACUACUGCAAUUGAUAUAUGGUCAACGGGAUGUGUAAUGGCCGAGCUACUUCUUGGAAAGCCCCUUUUUCCUGGUGAAAGUGGUGUUGAUCAACUGGUUGAAAUUAUCAAGGUUUUGGGGACUCCAACCAGAGAAGAAAUAAAAUGCAUGAAUCCAAACUACACAGAGUUCAAGUUCCCACAGAUUAAGCCUCAUCCCUGGCAUAAGGUUUUCCAGAAACGUCUGCCUCCUGAAGCUGUGGACCUUGUAUGCAGGUUUUUCCAGUAUUCACCUAAUUUGCGGUGUACUGCUCUGGAAGCUUGUGUCCACCCCUUCUUUGAUGAGUUAAGGGACCCAAAUACACGACUUCCUAAUGGCCGCCCACUUCCUCCAUUAUUUAAUUUUAAACCUCAGGAGCUUGCUGACAUACCACCUGAUACUGUUAAUCGACUUAUUCCAGAGCAUGCUCGCAAGCAGAACUUGUUCAUGGCAUUGCAUACUUAGCUACAGAUCAGAAGUUUCCAUUGCUACUGCUUUUCAUUCUGCUCCAAGUCCUGCUCCAAGUUUGGUCUUAGACCAGAAUCCACCUUUGCUCUAUAUCUAUCAUCGGUGCAAUUUCUCUGAAAAGACAUUAGCAGUGAACAAUUUGAGAAUUCUGAAGCUCUCUGUUUGCUUGAAGAAGAUAUUUUUGUAUUUAAAAUAAAGACAAAUAAUUUAUGGUGUAUAUUUUUCAGUCAAUCAAUACCCGAUAAUGUGGUUUAUGGUACCUCUAUGGCUUGUAAUGGUUUCUCUUUUGUUCAAUAUUGUUCCUUUCAUUUUGUUUUCC